AUGGCCGAAGAAGAAAUUCAAGUUGAAGACAAGAUUGCUGAAAAAGAGCGGAAAAAAAUUGAAAAACGAAAGCAGAGAGAAGAAGAAGAGAAGGCGAAGUUGGAGUCGAUGACAGAGGAAGAGAGAGAGGCGUAUUUAAAGAGAAUUGAAAAGUUAAAACAACAAGAAGAGAAAGAAAGUAAAAAAGAACACGUUGAGGGGAGUAAAAAACCACAUAAAGUGAUUGCAGAGGAUGGACCGAAAAAAGUAAAAAAAUCAAAACCUCAAGCGCCACAAACAGCUUUUCAGUUGCAUAAAGCAGAUCCAGAACUUGGAAAUAAACCAUGGAAAGAACUAACCGCAGAACAAAAACAAAAAUUUUUGGAGAUAGAAAAAAAGAAAAAAGAAGAAUACGAAGAAGAACUGAAAGAAUUUAAAGAAACACAGGAAGUCCUUAACCGCGCCGCAGAAAAGAAAAAAGCGAAAAAAGUCGUCAAAAAUAAAAAAAAUAAAAAAGACGAUGAGGAAAAUUCAGACGACGAUAAUUCUGAGGAAAAAACUGAGGAGAAAGCAAAAGUCGCGAAAAAAACGACAAAAAAAACAGCAAAAAAGAAAAACAAAAAGAAAAACAAAAAAGAGGAGAACUCCAGCGACGACGACAAAGAAAAGGAAUUCGAUCUGGAAAAACUCGCCGAGGAAGAAAAAAAAAGCCAACCGAAGAAAAAAGAAAAAAUCAUCGAAAUUGCCGCAAUCACAAAAAAAUCUGAGACAAUGACAGAAGAAGAUGAUUUCAUGUUGGCGUAUAGCAGAAUGCAAAAAAAUAAAAUUGGAGGAGAUGGCGUGAUCGAUUUGGACGAAAUCAUCGCAAAGUCAACAGUAAAGGAAAAGGAA